UGCGCGGAUAUAGGCUGCAGUGGGCACUGGGCAGCAGCAGUGACUAGACAAGCGCUUUAUCGACACAAGCAGAGCACAGGUGCCGAAUAACCCAGCAAAAUGCUCUUUUAAACAAUCGCACGUCUCAUCCCGGAGCCAGAGAUGUGAUGAGGAGUAAAAGUCCAAUGUUGCAUUAGUCUCAUUGUGACAUGCUGGCCUGUCUGCCGGUAUCAAACCCCUCCUUCCAGCUUCUCUCGUACACGCAGAUGAACACUGGACUUCAGAAAUGGGACACUACACAGAGGAUGAGAUCAGCACACUAUCCUACCCCAGCGGAAUUGGAUGCCUAUGCUAAGAAAGUUGCCAAUAACCCACUGACUAUAAAAAUCUUCCCCAAUAGUGUGAAAGUACCUCAGAGGAAGCAUAUUCGCCGCACCGUUAACGGUCUCGACACCUCCAGCCAGCGAUACAGCCCCUACCCACCUCAGGUCAACACCCGGACGGGCCUCUUGGCCAUCGUCAAAGUCCCCGUCAAAGGGAUCCUCAAGGACAUUGAAGGCGGCCGAGCCCGUUUUCUCCCCAAGCUCAUCAUGAACCCGCACAGUGGGCUUUACACCAGUUCCAGCACUUUAAAUGUUCCUCACACUGUUCCACACGUUCAGACUCCUUUAGGCCAGAAGAGUCUCGCCCACUCUCAGGCCUUGCAGGCCCAUUCACAAUCCCUGCAGCAGAAGAGUAGUUUACAACCACAGCAGAGCCUGGCUCAUCAGGAGGCUUUACAUCAGAGCCAGGCUCACCAACCGCCAGUACCACACCACGCCCUAAACCACCAACAGACUCUCAUGCAGCAGCAGACACAGUUGCCUGGUCCGCAAGGACUACGGCAUCUGCCUGAUAUCGCGCAGUCGGUGAACCUGCAACACUCCCAGGGCUUCUCUCAAUCCCAACCCAUGCCACAGGCGUCUUGCACUGGGCCACCGGCCCCGGGGGUCUUACAGCCACCCCUGGCAGGCUUACAGAUGGCACGCAAACUGCCUGACGCCGAUGCCCCUCCCAAUGUGACUGUGUCUACCUCAACCAUACCGCUGUCCAUGGCUGCCAGCCUGCACCAGAACCGGCCCAGCGACUUGAGCAGCAUCGUCAAUCAGAUCAACCAGUUCUGCCAGGCUCGGGCUGGCAUGGGCUCUACCUCCGUGUGUGAAGGACAGAUCGCCAACCCCAGUCCCAUCAGCCGCAACCAGCUCAUCAACGCAAGCUCUCGGGUGUGCACUCAUCACGUUGUGGGUCCUCCGCCUUCUUGCAUCCUUGGCAACUCUGACAAAGGUGGUCCUGCUCUGCAUCUGCCCGACAUCGCGGCCAUGAACAGGAUGCCCCUUUACCACAAUGACAUGAAGCAGCAGUCCCAGCCACAACGUCAGCAGGGCCCUUGGGGCCAGCACCAGUUGGCACACCUUCAGCACCUUCCGGAGGGAGCGGCUCACCAGGGCAAGAAUCUCCCUAGAGAAGGCCUAGUGGGACCGGGGUUCCUCACCAAGAGCAUGGGCUACCCGCAGGAGGUGUGCAUGGCUCAGCCCUUCAACUUGAAGCCCCCCACUGAUAAACCAACUCCAUCUCCUCCGGUCAACGGGAUGCCCAUGAGUUACAGCAACGGCCACUACAUGCAGCCUCACUGGAACAGCAUCCUGCCCACGCCAAACAGUGAUAGCUCAGGGUCUCAAGACCUGGUGGGGCCGUUCCACGGAGGCCUCUCAGGGGCCUCCAUAGACUGCACCCCUGGAGCACAGUACAGGACCGGGCCGUCCAUUUCAAGCCAGACCAACCUGAUGCAGACCAUGGAGUACAUGGGUGGCGACUUCCAGGCGCCCUGCUUCCGAGCGCAGAAUCCUGGCACAAUGUCAAAGAUGCACAGAGCCUCAGUCAGCAGGGCCACAGAUUCAGGUGAUAGUAGAAAUGUCCACAUCCACCACCCAGGGUACAGAUGAGCUGCGGCCAGUUCACGCUAGUCAGUGUUAGUCGGAGCGCAAGGAAAAAAUGUCCCCAUCUUGCAAGUGAUCUACUGAAUGUUUCCUUUAUGAUUAUUUACGUGGCUACCACAAAUCUGAACACCCAUGUGCCACUUUGGUUUCUUUUAUUAUUUUAAUUUCUAUUAGUAUAGAUUACUUAAAUAAUUAGCCGUUGGGGGGGGAAAUUAGGC